AAUAGCUGUUACCCAGAAUGCACCGCUAUAAUGCUGCGAGUAAGAAGUGACUGAGGAGGGGGUCCAUCAGUAAAACUGAGUGUAGUUUAUAUUUUAUUAUGUUUAUUAAUUCACUUUUAACUAAGUGCUGACAGGGAGACGAAGAGGAUCGAGCUUAGAUUUCGUUGCGUGUAUAUCUCGGCCAUGCCUCUCUUCACGUCGAAUCCCUUUGAUCAAGAUGUUGAGAAAGCGACCAGUGAGAUGAACACAGCUGAGGACUGGGGCCUCAUUUUGGACAUUUGUGACAAGAUCGGACAGUCUCGCACUGGGCCUAAAGAAUGUCUGCGGUCUAUAAUGAGAACCUUAAUGAGAAGAGUGAAUCACAAGGAUCCGCAUGUUGCCAUGCAAGCGUUGACGCUACUAGGUGCGUGUGUGUCAAACUGUGGAAAAAUAUUCCAUUUAGAGGUCUGCUCCAGGGAAUUUGCUAGUGAAGUUAGCAAUGUACUAAAUAAGGGUCAUCCUAAAGUGUGUGAGAAGCUGAAGGCUCUGAUGGUGGAGUGGGCUGAGGAUUUCCGUAAUGACCCCCAGCUCAGCCUCAUUUCGGCCAUGAUCAAGAACCUCAGAGAACAGGGCGUCAUCUUCCCUGCCGUGGGCUCUCAGGCGGCAGAACAAGCUAAAGCCAGUCCUGCAUUAGUAGCUAAAGACCCUGCAACAUCAACAAACAAGAAAGAAGAAGAAGACAUUGCUAAAGCGAUUGAACUGUCUCUGAAGGACCAGCAGCAGCAGCCUCAGGUCUCUCUCUCUGGCCUCUACCCGAGCACCAGCAGCCUCCUCACAUCUCACAAGGCUGAAGGCAGAAAGGUCAGGGCCAUCUAUGACUUUGAGGCAGCCGAGGACAAUGAGCUCACCUUUAAAUCAGGCGAGAUCAUCACCAUCCUGGAUGACAGUGACCCUAACUGGUGGAAGGGUGAGACGUAUCAGGGUGUUGGGCUUUUUCCUUCCAACUUUGUGACAGCAGACCUGACAGCAGAGCCUGAGAUGAUGAAAACAGAGAAGAAGACAGUGCAGUUCAGUGAAGACGUCCAGGUAGAGACGAUUGAACCGGAGCCAGAGCCUGUCUACAUUGAUGAGGAGAAAAUGGACCAGCUGCUUCAGAUGAUCCAGAGUGCAGACCCAACAGACGACCAGUCCGACACCUGUGAACUCCUGCAGCUGGAGGCUGCUUGCAAUCAGAUGGGUCCUCUCAUUGAUCAGAAGUUGGAGGACAUUGACAGAAAACACUCAGAGCUGUCUGAUCUGAACGUGAAGGUCAUGGAAGCGUUGUCUCUCUAUGCUAAGCUAAUGAAUGAAGACCCAGUAUAUGCUAUGUAUGCCAAAAUACAGAGCCAGCAAUACUACAUGCACCAGACCCCAAACGCUUCCCAACAGGUGUACCCUGCCCAGUCCACUGGAGGGCAGUAUGUAAUAGGCAGCACAGCAGUCCCGGGAUACAACGUUCCAAUGGAGCAGCUCUCUGCAAUGAACCAAACAGGAACUUCAAUGGCUGGACAGCCGGCUCCCAGUGAUGCCCACAUGUACAUGGGCCAGCCUCCAGUCUACAGCCCGACUCCUGGCAGCAUGCCUCCAGCUGAUGUCCAGUCCUACCAGAACCCAGCCUGCACUCCAGCAGCCAUGAGCCAGACCCCUGGCUACACCGUGCCCCCCACCCAGAGCCUCCCUGCUACAGCAGACAACCAACAGACCCCUUACUUUGAGAAAGCCCUCUUAUAGGACCCCUAGAGACUCAUACAGACACACACACUUACGGUCAUGAACAGAGAACAUUCAGCUGACACAAAGUUAUCUCCUAAAUUGCCUUUUCUUCCGUUUCUUUAAGUCACUACAAACA